AUGAGACAGGGGCACGAUAUCACGGAGAGAUGGCGGCCCAAGAGCCGUGCGGAGAAGAAGCAGGACUCAUACACACCCUGGGCCCGGGAGGUCUACGGCAAGAGGCCUCCCCGCAACCAGGGAGACGGCGUGCAGCAGCAGGCGCAGCAGCAGCAAGGCAGCGAUGACCGGCCGCGGCGCAGUCUGGACUGGCGGCCGCGCGCAGCGGCGGGGGACGCGGAACUUCGCAUAAACUAUGCCGACGCUUCCACAGCCAUGAUGGACGGCGCUGAUUACGUCCGCGUGGCUCCCAAGCACGAGCAGCGGUCGGGGCUCAUGUGGCCGGCCUACAUCUACAAUGUGAGCCAGAGCCUGCUGCGCCAGGACAUUGCCGCCUUCUUUGACGGCUACAAUCUGCCUGAGGAGGAGAUCAGGCCCGAGUUCUCAUGGAAGCACUUUGCUGUGGAGCGGUUCUGGGUCAACUUUGGGAGCCCGGUGGAUCGGGAGCGUGCCAUGAGCCGCCACAUGGCCUACCUGGGCACGCGGCGCGUGCUCAUGCGCAAGGCGACCGCGACGGAGUUUGGCGCGGGCGUGUACAACCCUCUGGCCAUGAGCAGCCGGGGGCGGUACGUUCUGGUGGAGAACCUGGCGCCCACCACCACCUCGGAGGAUGUGAUCCGCUUCUUCCAGGGCUAUGACCUGCAUGCCAAGUCGGUCACCUUCCUGCGGGAGAAUGAGAAGGCGAAGCUGUCCGAGGCUGGUCUGCAACACCCAAAGGCCCGGCUCCAGCCGGAGAAGGCCGUGGUGCGGUUCACAAGUCCGCUGGAGGCGCACCGCGCGGUGCGCGACCGCCAGGCCGGCUUCUGCGGCAACAAUGCGCUGCGGCUACGUGUGCUGCAGUGA